UUUGACUUGUCAGGGGGAAAAGUUUUAAGGAAAGAAAAAAAAACGCCAAAUCACGGAAGAGAUUCUGCUGUCCUACUAGUUUGGCAAGUUCUCUAUGCUCAAAGCCGCGUAGAAAGGCGGAGAAGAGGGCAGAAACUUUAAUUUGCGCACAUUUAUACACUUCUCUUGUCCCGCAGACUGUAUACGCAGUGUGAAGGCAGUGGCUUGAGAGGAAGAAAGGGCAAGCGGCAAAGUGUAAACUAGGAUGAGACAGUGGCAGACAAAGGAAAAGACAGUGGCACUGAAAGAGAGAGGGCAGAGAGAGGAAUCAUGGAGGCUGCCAUUCAGACCAUGGUGAAGAUCUUCCUGAAGUCAACCAAGGGAAAGGAAAGUCUAGGAAAGAAAGAAUUCCAGAACCUUGUCAAGACCCAGCUCUCCAACAUCCUUUCGGACACAGACAGCAAGGAGGCGAUCAACAACAUGGGCCAGGGACUGGAUGCUGACCAGGAUGGCAAGGUUGGUUUUGAGGAGUACAUGAAGCUUGUCGGCUACCUGGCGACCUCACUGAGCGAGCAGCGUUGCUCCACCAAAGAGGAGCCUGCCCAAAAUGCUGCAUCCGAACAAGUGGCACAAAGUGCCCCAGACAAAGUGGAGGAGAAGCCAGAGGCAAACGCAGAAGCAAAGGGGGAGGCAAAGCCAGAGCCCAUUGAAGAGGGAAAGGCAGAAGCAACUGCUGAAGUAAAAGUAGAUACAAAUGCAGACCCAAAGGCAGAAGUAAAGGUAGAGGCAAAUGCAGAUCCAAAGGUAGAAGUAAAGCUAGAUGCAAAUGCAGAUCCAAAGGUAGAAGUAAAGACCGAGGGUGCAACGGAGCCUGAGGCAGCCACGGAGGAGGAGAAGCCAGCAGCAGCGGUGACGGUAGCAGCAGUGGCAGCAGAAGUGGCCGUGAAAGAAGAGGAGAAGGUGGAGAACACAGAAAAGGUGGGGGAAGCUGCAGAGAAACUGGCUACAGCUGCAGAGGAAGUGGAGAAGAAGACAGAGGAGGCGACCUCAUAGGGGACAAUUCCUUCUUUCACAAAAAAAAAAAAAAAAAAAUCACACCACAUGCUUACAUUCACCACUACACAAAUCACAACAUUAAUGCCAAAAUAUGUUGAUAAGCCACUAAAGAUUUUUUUUUCCAAAUACACACAACACUGAAAUACGAAACAUUGGUAAAAGUUCAUACUCUACAAACCCAGCUCUGAGAAAAACCAUUUCCUUAUACAUGACAAAUAAUCCAUGUAAAUGACAGUAGAAUUAUUGCUUUGUACUACAAGUUACCACUAUGUUCAUAUGUACAGCAUGUGCAUUCCACUAUAUAGCACAUUUACCUCAUUACGAUAAUAUACUAUGAUAGCAUGCAGACAUACACUAUCACAUGCAUGCCAUAUCCCUGUGAAAACCUAACUGCCAAAUAUGAUUUUCCUGCAGGAGCACACUGACACACGUGACCAAAGUGUCACUGUAUGUUAACACACCACUGCAGCCAAAAUGUUUCGUUUAAACCCCGUCCUCUCCCCAUUUUUUAUCUUUUUUCUGUGUUUUUUGUUUCUACACUUUUUCCUACACUACUUAAGGUACUUUGGUUCUUGGUAAAGCAUCAGCAGUGUACAUCUUGUUAAGUACUAAUGGCUAAAAGGAAUAGUUGAUAGAUGGGAUGAUGAACACCUCUCUCAUAUGUGUCCACUGAAUAUGAGGCUACAGCUUGUAGCCGCUUAGCUUAACUUAGCAUUGAGACCGGAAAGUUAUAAAACCUGUCUACCAUGUGAAGUUCACUAAACCAAAUGUUCUAUCUGAGCAGUUUAAUCUGGUUUGCACUUUUGUUUUUGUGCAGAUUAAACAAACGAGAUAUGAUGUGUUAAGGAGUGAGCACAGAGGGGUUGGGUUGUGGAUUUUGUUCCCUUCGUACAGAACUUAGAAAGCUGUUUCCAGUGUUUCUGCAAGGCUAAGCUAAUCUGCUGCUAGCUGUUGCCUAAUUUCUACCACACAGACAUGAGAGUGGCAUCAAUCUUUUCACCUCAUCAUCACCUUCAUCACUUCCCACAAUGUUGGACUAUUCCUAUAAUGGUUGCAUGAAAAUCUGUCAGAACACUAUCUUAUCUUUUAACACACAAUGCUAAUCGAGCUGGUUUGGCAUGACAAUAAACAAACUGUUUUGCUGGAGCUUUGCAUUACUUCAGCUCGUGUGACUUGAGUACUCAGUCUCCUGUCCAGCGUACCCUCUUCUCCCUCUGUUUCUAGUCUACCUUAUGGGGUUCCUGGCUCUAUCUUUUUUUUUUCUGUAAUUUUCAGAGAGGUUGACUCCAUGUGGAUCCUACAGUUUACGCUCUUCACUCAUAGUUAGCCAUGGAUCAGGAACUGGAAGAUCAGGUGUGUCCCUUGGCUAAAUAAUUAAGUUUAAAGGAUGGAAUCCACACCAGAGGACCCUUACAGUCAAAGGAGAACCCAAAAUAGUCCCAUGGGAGUGGGCUGGUGACUAGAGGAGCAGGUCAGAGAAGGUGUUUGCGCAACUUAAUCCACCUGGAUUAGAACUAGCAGAGGAGAGAACAAGAUAAAAAACACCAAGAGGCCCAUAACAGGUGUCACUUGGUGGCAGUUUUUAUCUCAAGUACUUGACAAGACAAAACAAAAUGGCUUUUUUUUUUCUCCAAACCAUCUAGCAUUUCAACGGUUAAGUUCUACUUGUUAAUUCAUAAAAGUGCUAGACUGGAGUGACAGAAAUUUGACCUUUGUCUUGUAGCCUCUCUCACUGUUGGUCCUCAUUUUUCUGCUAACGCCACUUUAUCAGGCUUGUGUGUUUGUUUAUCGUUCACACCCUCAUACAGCGUAAAAACCCUGUUUGACCUGCAACUGGAUCCUUGAGUCCCAUGCAUUGGGAAACUACUGGAUUAGGCGUUUGAUGGGUAACACGCCACGGGACACAAACAAUUACAUGAAAGUAAUCCCGGGCUCCAGUGAUCCUGCCUAUCAGAUGAGGUGGUACUGUCAGAGAUAUAGUUCUCAGACGUUGUACUUUUUAAGCAACAAACGAAUACUGAGCCAUCGAUAUUAAUGUUUUGUGGUGUGAUCAGGCUAAGAUAUUGCAUGCUAUCAGAAACGUUUUGCUAGUAUUACCAAUGUAUUGCAAUUAUUGUGGCCAAAUAUUUAAGUUUGACACGGCCUCUUUAUAUUUAACUUUAUACCCUAACGCUUUCUUGUUUGGACCAUUAUGGAGAUCACUUGAAAAUAUUCUUUGUUGUCACAUAAUAUGCAAUUUGUUAAUUACAAUUUAAUGAUUUGAAAAUUGUCUCAUCAUCAAUAAUGCAGCCUUGAGAAAAAGGUUCAUGUUACAGGCCUGUUGUGUUAUAGGUCUGCCUGGUCAUCCGCAUAGUGCUUAAGGCACACACAUUUUGGGCACACUACCAAAUGUGCACCUUAUGCUCUGCUACAGCACCUGGCACUUCAGACUGCUCAGCAGCAAACUGAUCAAGACAAAUAAACCCGAGUCAUGUGGUCACCCUGCCUUACUGCGACACUCCCAUUGCAAAUACGCUCUCAUUCUGCUCAAUUGUACGCCGCAUUUCCUGCAUGAUCUAUUACUAACAAACUUAUUUGACAUUCUGGGCUAUUUGGACUAUAUCAUUAUUAUUGUUAUUAUUUCUUUUAUUAAAACCUUUAUUUUUAACCUUUAUCAUGGUACUUCCUAUGAAUAAUGGAAACACAUCACUCUUUUGCACCAUCUGCAGCCAGCUUUCAGUUCAACAUGUAAAUAUGCCUCGAGGCCUCACGAACUUGCAUCCUUUAUAUAUGUGUGUGUGUGUAUGUGUGUGCGUGCCUGUGAAACACUAACCCUAAAUCCGCUGCGUACCAUAUUUGCUAUUCCCUAAAGGCUAGGCGUGUUUUGUGCAUCUCUGUUGUUUCUCUGCUCUCUUGCUCUCCAUCGGUCAUUAUGAGCACACAAGCAAGAGUACAUAUUUAUAUAUAUAUAUAUAACGCUCUCUUUUACCUUUUUGGAAUAGCAAAUGGAGCAAGUGACCUGUGAGAGAUAAGUUUUGUUUCAAAGAGUUUAAACUGUCUGCAUUGGCAGUUUUGUGAUUGUCCCAUAGUGUAAACCCCACCCAACCGUAACUCCAUGUAAAUUAAAAGCAUGCUGGAACAAAACACAGCAGAUCGCUGCAGGGAGUGUUUGCAGCCAGAUUUUCGUGGCCACACAAUAAAGUCUCAUUCAUUGUGUGACACAGCAGAUAAAUAUAAAAACAUGUCUAAGUGUGCAUGCAAGUAUACGAAUGUGCUUUCAAAGCUCAUCGGGUCAAAAGGUUUGCGAUUAUGGGACUGUUCCCAGGCUAUUGUGUAGGCAUUCAUCAAAGUGUGUUGAUGUACUUUGUUUAUUUCCGGCCAAGUACUAGAGGGUGUGCGUGUGUGUAUUUAGCAGUCGGACUCUUUCAAUCCACUGCCAUGUCCAAUAAACUCCACUAUGCUAGUAUUUCAACUUCAUAUGUACCGCUGUAUCAUUUUUGCUUAUUGUAACGUGUAAUGGCUAAUAUUGAAUAAAACUGUGACGACAAUA